AUAGUAAUGAAUUGAGUGAACAACAACACGCACACACAAAACAAAAAAGGGGAGGGGGAACAAAAUGGAGAAAGGAACAGAAAUAGAAAUCCUAUUCGACUGAGGAGUUGAAAAUAGAGAGAGAGAGAGAGAGAGAGAGAGAUCUGAAUUCUGAAGGAAUGGAAGGUGGGUCCCCAGACCAAGAAUCAGUUGGGUCUGGUACAAAAAGGUCCAGUGUGUCCUCUGGCAGUAAAUCUCGUAAUCACAAGGAAUUUUUAUACAGACUUGUAGAUUGUGAAACUUUUACUGCAAAUCUUGAAGACUGGUUUCAAUCAUUAUAUGAGAAGUCAGCACAGAUGAAGCCUGUCUUUGAUGUACCUUUUGAGUUAAUAGAUCUUCAAAAAUUUGACUAUGCUUUGGAAGGAGUUUCGUUCCAACAGCUUAUUCGGAUGCCAAAUGCUGUUUAUGCUUCAACAUCUGAUUCUGCAGAAGCAACUGCAUAUCUUGCUGUUGAAGAUUUUUUACAUGCAACUGUGAAGGGCUUGUGGGAGGCAUUUUGGAGUCAAGAUGAGCCAAUGCCUUUCUCUGUUGCCUGUCUUUACAAAGAAAAUUUAAAAUUUUACCAGGCAGAGAACGCGAUAGCUAGUGGGAGACUUGGAAGUCUCUGUGCUUCUGGUGUAUUGCUUAAGAACCCAAGACAUCCUCAUGGAAAGUGGGACAAUCUUCUUGAACUGGCUCUUUUGAGGUCUGGUAUUCAAAGCCUUGUUGGGGAAAGCGAACAACAGCCUUCUCUGCAUGUCCUAGGUGAGGCUCUUUUCUAUGCCUUGCGCAUGCUCAUAUCAAGGAGCUUAAGCAGACAGAAUCUUCCUCUCAGUUCAAAUUCUGCCUUUGUUCUUCUUGUUGAUUCUCAAUAUGGUGGCGUUGUUAAAGUUGAAGGAGAUGUAAAUAAAAUGGAUUUUGAUGUGAAUAAUGUCUAUAAGUGUGCUGCUGAGUGGAUACAAAGGCAUGCCAGAAUUGCUGUAUCUCCAGUUGAUAGGAUCUGGAACAAGCUUGGGAAUGCCAACUGGGGAGAUAUUGGUGCUUUGCAAGUAACUUUUGCAACAUUUUACUGUAUUAUGCAGUUUGCUGGUCUGCCUAAGCACUCCAUUGAAGAUUUAGCUGCCGACCAUGGUUGUCGCCUCCAAACAAGGAGACUGGAGAGGCAGUUGGGGGAUACCAGAGUGAAUGGAAGUGGUUUAUUUAGGUUCCAGCAGCAUGGUGUCUCUCCCGAAAUUGUUGAAGUUCAGGAUGAAUCUGUCAAGCUUGAGUCUGAGUCGCUGAAGCUGGAAGUAGGAUCUGUAUUAUGGUUGGAGGAUUCAAACUGGGAAAGAGGUUAUCAUAUUAACCAAAUCAGGAGUAAUGGUGAGCUUCCUUAUUACAUUGCUUCACCAGUUGAAGACCCAGGAAAGUCUCUCUUUCUCUACGUGGGUUCUCAUCCUUCUCAGCUGGAACCAGCAUGGGAAGAUAUGAAUUUGUGGUAUCUAGUUCAGAGACAAACCAAGGUAUUGACUAUUAUGAAACAGAAAGGCCUAUCUGGCAAAUAUCUACCUCAAUUGAGUGCAUCUGGAAGGAUUAUUCAUCCUGGUCAGUGCCGGAGACCCAGUUCAGGUGGAAACUGUGAUCACCCUUGGUGUGGCACCCCGAUUCUUGUGACCAGCCCAGUUGGUGAAACUGUUGCUGAUAUGGUUAGUGAAGGUCAUUUUGGUGUGGAUGAGGCUAUCAGGUGCUGUCAUGACUGUUUAUCUGCUCUUUCUACUGCCUCAUCAGAAGGCAUUAGGCAUGGAGACAUUCGACCAGAAAAUGUGAUCUGUGUAAGAUCUGGUGAAAGUCGUCCCUAUUUUGUCCUUAUUGGUUGGGGACAUGCUAUUUUAGAAGAUAGGGACCGCCCUGCAAUGAACCUUCAUUUUUCAUCUACUUAUGCUUUACAGGAGGGAAAGUUGUGCUCAGCAUCAGAUGCUGAGAGCCUGGUUUACAUGCUUUAUUUUGCAUGUGGAGGUGCUUUCCCUGAUCUUGAUUCUGUUGAAGGGGAACUACAGUGGAGAGAGACGUCAUGGUCUAGGAGGUUGAUUCAGCAGAAAUUGGGUGAUGUCUCUACUGUAUUGAAAGCAUUUGCCGAUUAUGUUGACAGCUUGUGCGGAACGCCUUAUCCUAUGGAUUAUGAUAUAUGGUUAAGAAGGUUUAAGAGGAGUAUUAGUGAGGAGGAUCACGGAAAGGAAAUUGCUGCAUCUGUCUAGAAUCAUGUUUUGAAAGCCAUUCUGGCCUGGAUUAGCCAACUCUUGCAAUCUUGCUGAUUAUUGCUUGCUAAGUAUGACGAUUUUUCUGGAAAUCUCUGAUUCUUGAAGGCCAUUGUUGAACUCAUGCGAUGCUUGGACAUUUAUCUUCUGGGACUGGACUAUUCAAAAUUUUGGCAAUGGCUGCAGUUCUCCCUUGACCAGGAGUUAAUAUAUUCAGUUCUGUAUGGAAGAGGCCUUCUGAUGAGCCGUUAUCCAAAAUAUCUUGUGUGCUCAUGUACCAGGGUUUGGAGGAUUUAUCUGGAUUUUGUUUGGAGGGGGUUACGACAUGCUGUAGAGGAAAUGGAGUAUUAUUUCUUGGCUUUUUGUUUUUACUUAUUUUUAUUUCCCUUUGUAAAGAUACAAGCAAUGUGGAGCCAUCUCUUUUGGCCUUGUCAUGGGUCUAAUGUUGGAAAGUAUUAAGGGGCAUCUGUAAAUGAACCGUGAGGUAGUUGCUACUUCGAUUGCCGUAAGUAUUUCUGUGUAACUCAAUUUUUUACACUCCUUACAAAAUUUAUGACUAGUGGGGUCUUGAGCGAUGCAAAUCACCUCUUUUUCCUUCA